UGUUCUGCCCAUUUACUCACUCACUCACCCUCUCUCUCAAAUGAAUUGAGUACAUAUAGAUAAAACUAGAGUUGGAUUGAUUUUGAAAAUUCAGAGUGGAAAUUAAUAUUUUGUUAACUGAAAGAAAGGGGCAGUGCUUGAUGUUGUUAUCGUUGUGCACAACUUGGUUGUUCUUUUGAAUCAGCUAGUACAUUACAUGUACAAAUUAAUGAAAUGCAAAGCUCUGGCAGCUCUUUCAAUCUAUGAGAAACUGGGAGCUAGUUGCCAUUCAAGUGUGAUUGGUGGGUGAGUGUAGCAUUGGAUCCAUUACUCUUCAAGCUUUGAAAACUGCUAAAAACUUUGAGCAGCCCAAGAUAUAUAAAUAUAUAUAUAUAGAGAGAGGAUUUCUUAAAAUUUUAAAGUUUCAACAGUUUUUUAUCUCAUUAUACAGAAAAUAGUAAGAGAGAGAAGGGAGGGAAAUUAAAGUAAAAAGGAAUUUUUCGGUGUGCCGCAAACUCUGAGCUGAGUUCACGUGAUGGGUAAGCUGUAUGUCCGUGAGUUUUAUUGCGAGCAGAGUUCGAGAAACGGUAGGUACGGACAUGCUCAAUGAGUCUCUAUUCUGAUCCGUUUGAUCAUCAUCAACUAGAGGAGCUUCAUGCUGAUGGACUAUGUGUCUUUGUGUUUGUUUUUGCAACUAAUCGUAUUGUUUCAAUUCUCUCUGUGAAAAGCACAGAGUUGUUGAUUUCCAUUAAUUAUUGUAUCUAGCUCUAGGUUCAUUUUGCUUGUAUAGUUGUAUUGAUCUAGCCAAAUAAUCAAAGUUAAGCGCUGACGAUGACGCUAGGUAGCUAGCUAAUUGGGCUGCUGUACGUGAUUCAAAGGGUUGGCUGGCUUUAUACCAUCCAACAAGUCUGCAGAUUUGGAGGCUGGCCGGGUUUAGAAAGCAAUAUGAAUGUGCUCGGGUAAAAUAAAAGAAAGACAGAAAGGAAAAGAUUACUUGGAUGGAUCUUUUAGAUUUGGAAAUGUUUGAGCUGUAUGAUUAAUUGAUUCUCUCUCUAGCUAUAUAUAUAUAUAUAUAUAUAUAUAUAUAACUUGUCUCGGAAGCUCUCUCUACUCUACUCAUGUCGACGCUAGCUGAAUAUGGAUGGCAACCAAAUCUCAAGUUUCAGUAUUAAAAAAUUCACUGAAUUAAUUAAGACAAGUGAGUGAUGAAGAAGGUAUAUGUCAUCCUCUCUGCUAGCUAGCUAGCUAGCUAGUAUCAUCGAUCAAUUGAUGGAAUUAUUACUUCCUCUGCUUUCAAGGUACUCUCCUCUGUUCUUCUUCACAUUUUUGGUAUUCUCUCUUCUUCCUUGGGUGAGAUCUAACGACGCCGAGGCACUUUUAGCCCUAAAAUCAUCCAUUGAUCCCUCCAAGUCGCUUCAGUGGCAAGGAAGCGUGUGCCAAUGGCAAGGGAUCAGAGAAUGCAUGAACGGAAGGGUCACCAAGCUUGUUCUGGAGAAUUUAAACUUGAACGGGACACUGGACGAGAGGAGUCUAAACCAGUUGGAUCAGCUACGCGUUCUCAGCUUCAAAGAGAACUCCAUCUCCGGCCAGAUCCCCAACCUCUCCGGCCUUGUCAACCUCAAAUCUCUCUUCCUCAACAACAACAACUUCUCUGGUGACUUCCCGACCUCCAUUUCGCUUCUCCACCGCCUCAAAGUUGUGGUUUUGUCCGGAAACCAGAUCUCCGGCAUCAUUCCGGAUUCACUACUGAAGCUCCGGCGGCUCUAUGUCCUCUAUCUGCAAGACAAUCGUUUCACUGGUGAAAUCCCACCCUUGAACCAAACAAGCCUCAGAUUCUUGAACCUAUCACACAACCAACUAUGGGGCGAGAUUCCUCUUACUCCGGCAUUGGUUCGAUUUAAUGCAUCGUCAUUUUCUGGUAAUAUGGAUUUGUGCGGUGAACAAAUUCAAAAUUCGUGUAAUGGACUAUUAACUCCUAAUUCCAUUAGUCCUACUGCCUAUCCGCCUGUGCCCACCACCAGGGAAAUGCAGAAGCACAGGAGGAAGCGGUGGAAGCUGAUAGCGAUAAUCGCAGGAAGCAUUGGUGGAUUUGUAUUAUUAUUGUUAGUAGUGUUGAUGGUAUUGAUCUUAUUCCGGAAGAGAUAUAGACAGAAUAAAAGUAGUAGUAAAACAGGUGAUGUGAGAGAUGUGAACAAAGAAGGGAGGGACAUUGGUGUUGAAGGAGGAGGAUCCGGAGGCGAUCAGAGUAAUAAUAAUGGGAAUGGACAUGGGAGAAAUAAACAAAGAGGAGGAGGAGCAUCAGAUGGGUUUUCAUGGGAAGGUGGUGGUGGUGGUGGUGAAGGUGGGGGUUUGGGGAGCUUGGUGUUCCUUGGAGCAGGGAAUCAGCAGAUGAGUUACAGCUUGGAGGAUCUGUUGAAGGCGUCAGCGGAGACGCUGGGGAGAGGGACAAUGGGGAGCACGUACAAGGCAGUGAUGGAGUCUGGGUUCAUAGUGACGGUGAAGAGGCUCAAGGACGCCAGGUACCCCAGGCAGCUGGAUGAGUUCGGGAGGCAGAUGGAGCUGCUGGGGACUCUCACCCACCCUAACGUCGUCCCACUCAGGGCCUACUUCCAGGCUAAAGAGGAACGCCUCCUUGUUUACGAUUACUUCCCCAACGGCAGCCUCUUCUCUCUCAUUCACGGAUCUAGAGCUUCCAGUGGUGGAAAGCCUCUCCACUGGACCUCCUGCCUGAAAAUAGCAGAGGACUUAGCUACAGGAUUGCUUUAUAUACACCAGAAUCCUGGCCUUACCCAUGGGAAUUUGAAAUCCUCCAAUGUACUGUUGGGGUCUGACUUCGAGUCCUGCCUCACAGAUUAUGGCCUCACCUCAUUUAAAAAUCCAGAGUCACAUGAAGAAUCCAGUGCUUCUUCCCUGUUCUAUAGAGCCCCUGAAUGCCGUGACAUACGAAAGCCACCCACCCAACAAGCUGAUAUCUACAGCUUUGGUGUUCUUCUGUUGGAGCUGCUAACUGGCAAGACUCCUUUCCAAGACCUUGUUCAAGAACAUGGUUCAGAUAUUUCCAGGUGGGUGCGAUCAGUCCGAGAAGAAGAGACUGAGUCAGGUGAUGACCCUGCAUCAAGUAACGAGGCGUCGGAGGAGAAACUUGGGGCUCUAUUGAGCAUUGCCGUGGCUUGUGUCUCACUUGCACCAGAGAACCGGCCGGUAAUGAGGGAGGUUUUAAGGAUGAUCAGGGAGACAAGGGCAGAAGCUCAGGUGUCUUCCAAUAGCAGCGACCACUCACCCGGAAGAUGGUCAGAUACUGUUCAGAGCUUACCAAGAGAAGAACAUUUAAGCAUAUGAGUGUUUGGUAAAUUUGGCGGCUUGAAAUUAAGUACUCUGAUUUUUUUUUUUUUUCUCCUUUUCUCAUUUUUAUUCUUCAACCAGUGCAUUGUAGAGUCUACUGGUGUAAAGGCUUUGGAUUUUGUUCUUUAUCUGAUUUUAGCUAGUUUGCUGCUGUUGCGGUAACUUUGGAUUAUUUGAUGUCCUGUUUACCAUUUGGUGUAUGCUUUAGUUUUGUGGAUAUUGAGGGUGAUUCUGUUUAAAGACAAGAACAAAAUCAUCUUUGUUUGGUGAUAAAUUAUUUUCUCAUCUCGAA